AUGACCGCUUUGUGCUCUGCUAAGGACAACAAACCAUCAGACACCAAGGUAACUGUUACACUCAUGGCCACUACACUUUUUUACUACAGCGGAAUAAUGUCAGUUUAUGGAGAAAACUAGGAAGAACGUAUCAUAUGGUAAUUUUACUAGAUCAGUCUCGGGUUGCCGAACGAAAUUCAAACAAAAAUUAAGGUGGUAUGAUUUGGUAUGAUUAUUUCACAGCAAAAAGGGAUAGAUAUUUUGAGAAGAGAGAGUACAUUUUCACGUUUAAAACAAUCAAAAGUAACAUUAUUACUUACCAGGUAGAUACUAGUUUAUAGCUUUUUUACUGAAAGAUGACUGAAUUUCUUUAAUCACAAUUUACGAUUUCAUAGAUAAAAGAAACCCAAAUUUAAAAUCCAGUGCAAAUUAACGAAAAUCAGUAAGCACUUCCUCACCUGGAUUGAAACGCUAGAUGACAGAUAAAAUUUUGAAGAGCUACUAGCAAUUUGCCUUUGACGUUUUUUCUUUUUGAUAGUCUGUUUCAUCUUGUCCAUCUUGUGAUAAUGGCGGACAAACCGGGAUGUGGACAUACAUGACAUGUGUCCCAGGAGCCCCUGGGGCACCUGGUCGAGAUGGAGCCCUGGGUAGCCCGGGGAAAACUGGAACCCAGGGACCACGUGGUGCUGAUGGAAAGAAAGGAGCAAAGGGAGAACCUGGGAUCCAGGGUUCUGUCGGACAAAAAGGAGAGCGAGGGGACAAAGGCGACGGUGGAACGCCACGACUGGCUUCAUACUUAAACUGGAAGGAGUGCACCUGGACAAAAUACGAUAAUAAAGAUUCAGGACUGAUUCAUGUAAGUGAGAAAGAUAUUUGUGUAAAAAGAAGAAAUGAAUAAAGAAUUUUCAUCAGUAUAAUUGGUUUCACACUGCCACAGAUGCCACAAUUUUAACCAUUUCGUUUUUGUUUAUUCUUUUCAGAACUGUGACUUUGUAAAGAAAUACCCGGACACUGUCCUCCAUGUCUACUAUGCUGGUAACCUCAGGAUUGAAGGAUGUGACCGCUGCUGUAGUCGCUGGUAUUUCAUCUUCAAUGGAGCCGAGUGCAGCUCUCCUGGAACUAUCGACGGAGUAUUCUACAUGCGAUCAGGCAAAAACCAUAAUCUUCACCGUCACCGCCAUAUUGAAGGUCACUGCAAAAACAUUCAGAAGGGAAGGGUGCGAGUGGGAUUCUGGGUUGGGAAAUGUAAACGUGGUUCAUAUAAGGCCGCUGACGCCUUCACCGGUUGGCAUAAUGCAGUGAAUCGUAUCUUCAUCGAAGAAGUGCCAAGAGCUCAGCAGUAG